GCGAUACGAAUUGUUGCGCGAGCAGAGUUAGGACUGGCUUUGGGGUCACUUAUGGCUCCUACUUCAUUGUUGGAGUUGACUAAGUCAGAUUUGCCUCUACCAUUAAUUCCGGACAAGAACACUUCUUUGCGCAAUUUUACAUUCUUCUU